UAAUGGACCUGUUUCGCUUUCAACUAUAGUCGCCAAUCAUGAUCUUUUGUUCAUUUGUGGCUUAUAUUGUGCUCAAACUGUAUGGGUUUAGCUGGAUUUUUUCUGGUUUUUGAAGUUACCCUUUUCUUUUACCUUUCUAGCUCUCUUUCCUUGGGCGAGUAGGGUGUUUAUGGUCUGAUUGGUUGAUCAUGGUGCAUUUAUGAAAUUAAUUGAAAGAUAUCGGUUUGAUUUUCGUUUCAAGAAAAAAUUUGGAUGAUUGAGUUCUCAGUUUGUGAUUUUGAAGAGUUGCAGUGUGUUACAUUCUAGCAAUUUUUUUUUUAAAAAAAAAAAAAGGAAUACAUUUUCGGUUUAUUUUCUCAAACUUCAUUCUUGGUUGAUUAGGAAGUCAAUUUCGUUUCUUUGGUAGGAAAAAGUAUUAAACUUUACUCUUACAAAUACUUAGGCGCUUACGUUUUAUUCCUCAUCCAAGAACGGUGGAAGUAAUAUUUGCAUGAACGUUAUGUUGUUUAUGUUUCUGAAAUCUGAAUCACUUCUAAUUUUGCAUAUCUUGCCAUCGAUGUUAUAUUAGAAGAAAAUCAAGUGUAAUGAAACGCUAUGAGACUUAAAAAUUGGAUGAAAAAGUGGGGAGUUGGCAUUAGUGGGAGAUUGUCGAAGAUGAUGAAGUGUAUUCGUUCAGGGGAGCAGUUAAGAGUAGAUGACAUGAUUGCUUCAUCGGAGUCCUUGGCAACUAGGGACCAUUCAGCGAGCGGUUAUUCCUCUCGAGCUGGUGAGAUAGAUACAAAGAUUGAUAAUAGCAACAUUGAGGAAGCAGAGUCAUCUCUUCGGGAGAGUGGUUAUCUCAACUAUGAGGAGGCAAGAGCAUUGUUGGGAAGGCUUGAGUAUCAGAAAGGAAAUAUAGAAGCAGCACUUCAUGUGUUUGAAGGAAUCGACAUUGCUGCUGUGACUUCCAAGAUGAAAGUCUCCCUUUCUAGAAGGUGCGAACAAAACCGACGCCGUUCUCAAAGUGAUGCUGCCCCGACCAUGUCUAUGCAUGCUAUUAGUUUACUCCUUGAAGCUAUUUUUCUCAAAGCAAAAUCACUGCAGGGUCUUGGAAGGUUUGGAGAAGCUGCUCUAUCAUGUAAAGUGAUUUUGGAUACUGUUGAAUCUGCAUUGCCAGAAGGCCUGCCUGCAAAUUUUUCUAGUGAUUGUAAACUACAAGAAAUUCUGAACAAAGCUGUUGAAUUGCUUCCAGAGCUGUGGAUACUUGCUGGAGCUUUGCAGGAAGCUAUCUUAUCAUACCGUCGGGCACUUCUCUAUCAUUGGAAUCUUGAGACAGAGACCAAAGCAAAGAUAGAAAAGGAAUUUGCUACUUUUCUUUUGUAUAGUGGUACUGAGGCAAGCCCUCCAAAUCUCCGUUCGCAGAUGGAAGGAUCAUUUGUGCCAAGAAACAAUAUAGAAGAGGCUGUUCUUCUCUUGUUGAUUCUGUUAAGAAAAUUUGCUUACAGAAGGAUUGGAUGGGACCCAACAAUCAUUGAUCACCUUUCGUUUGCCCUGUCUGUUUCUGGGGAACUAAGGGCACUAGCCCAUCAGAUAGAAGAGUUGCUUCCAGGAGCACUGGAAAGAAGAGAAAGAUAUUGCACUUUAGCACUCUGUUACCAUGGAGAGGGUGAGGAGAUGGUGGCUUUGAAUCUUUUGAGGAAUUUACUUAAUAACAGAGAGAAUCCAGAUUGCAUACUGGAAUUACUACUGGCUUCAAAGAUUUGUGCAGAGAAUAUGAUUAGUGUUGAAGAAGGGAUGACAUACACUUCCAAAGCACUUUCUGAAUUGCAUGGUAUAUGUGGCCAGAUGGCAAGUGUUGCAAACUGCUUACUGGGUCUUUUAUUGUCAAUUCAGUCCAGAUCAGCUCCUUCUGAUUCUGAGCGGACUUCUAAGCAGUCUGAAGCACUUGAGGCACUCGAAACUGCUGGGAGAAUAAUGAGAGAAAGAGAUCCGCAUAUCAUUUUUCAGCUUAGUCUAGAAAAUGCUGAGCAGAGGAAGUUGGAUGUUGCACUUUAUUAUGCAAAACAGCUUUUGAAUCUGGAGGCUGAAUCUAGCGUUAGAAGUUAUAUCCUUUUGGCUCGAAUAUUGUCAGGUCAAAAAAGGUUUGUUGAUGCAGAGACGGUAAUCAAUGCUGCUCUAGAUCAGACUGGGAAGUGGGACCAAGUAGAACUGUUACGAACCAAAGCUAAACUCCAGAUUGCACAGGGCCAGUUAAAGAAUGCCAUACAGACCUAUACUCAUCUUCUUGGUGUUGUCCAAGUUCAAACUAAAACCUUUCAUGGUGGAAAGAAGCUUCUAAAGAGUAGGGGAAACCAUGACAGAAGAUUGGAAAUGGAAACAUGGCAUGAUCUAGCUAAUGUGUAUACAAGUUUGUCUCAAUGGCGGGAUGCUGAGGUCUGUCUUACAAAAUCCAUGGCUAUUAGUCCUUACUCUGCUUCAAGAUGGCACACCACAGGUUUACUCUAUGAAGCAAAGGGUUUGCACCAAGAUGCUCUAAAAUCAUUCAGGGCAGCAUUAGAUGUUGACCCCAGUCAUGUCCCAAGCUUGAUAUCUACUGCAAGUGUCCUCAGACUGCUAGGUAGCCAAUCGAUGCCCAUUAUCAGAAGCUUUCUUACCGACGCUCUUCAACUUGACAAAAUGAACCAUUCUGCAUGGUACAAUCUUGGGCUUCUUUACAAGGAUGAUGUCAGAGCAUCAGCACUUGAAGCAGCCGAAUGCUUCGAGGCUGCAGCUGUUCUAGAAGAAUCUGCACCAGUUGAACCCUUCAGAUGACAUCAGAUGUACAUUUUGUCCCUGUAAGUUCACAUCUAGUUGUAGAUUGUUAAUUUGAAAAGGUUAUUCCAUACGACUUAGGCAUCUUCUUGUUGAAAGUUUUGCUGGACAAUACUGGCAAAGUGGGAAAAAGAAUAGAUGGGAAAAAAAAGAGAGGUAGUGUUUUGAAAUGGUUUUGCUUUCACUGAAAAUCUAAUCCCAUUUGUUGUAAUUUCUAACUUAAUUAAGCUUAUAUUAGUAAAAGGAUCCAAUCUAUAUAUAUAUGGAUUA